UCUAUUUGACCUUUUCGGCCAUAACAAUGCCUAAUAUGCUACAUGAGGACCUGACUCUUCUGAUCUCCAUUAUUUGGGCCAAUAUUAUUAUGACUUUGUGAGUCGGCCACAUCAUCGUCCUUACUCUGAUCUCCAUGAUAUUGAUGGUACAGCUGAUAUGGAAGAUAUCAACGAUAUCUGCAAUUGCGCCAAUCUCGACAAUCUGGAAGGAGCUUUUCUGGUCAUUGCUGAUAAGGUCUUGUCGCAGCCUUUUGCGGGUUAUUGUGCUCUCAAUUUACUGACGGCCUUAUUGGGGUUUAUCAGGCCUCAUAUGAGAAAAUGGAAUUUUCCGACAUUCAGCCUCAGGCUGGCACCGGCACAUCGCCGCAAGAUUGAACUUUCCGUGGCCGUGGUGCUAGUGUACGUGCUCGUUGGGGCCAAGGACCUAGGAUCGUAACAUGCUUCGUGUCGCCGCCCAGUAGAGUUGUAAAUGAAUGAAUAAACCC